UUUGUUUUCUUUUUGUUGCUUUUAUUUCAACUACAAGCAACGCGUUUCACUUUAUAAAUUAGAAUUUUGCUAAAAUUUUUAAAGAAAAUUUAAAUAUUUUAAAAAUAAAACAUGUCUAAGAGACCAAGUAACAGUUUAGUGCUAAUGCAAGACCCUAAAAAGUCUAAACAAGACUUAAUAGCCUAUACAAAUCGUGAUAAGGCUUUGAUGGAAGCAGGAGUUAGAAGAACCUCUAAUUUAUUGGCUCCCAUUAUGCUAUUGGAAGGUCAUCAAGGUGAAAUAUUUUGUACUGAAUUUCAUCCGGAUGGUGAAAUGUUGCUGUCCUCUGGAUUUGACCGGCAGAUAUAUAUUUGGAAUGUUUAUGGUGAUUGUGAAAAUAUUUUGGCCAUGUCCGGUCAUACGGGUGCUGUUCUAGAGGCUCAUUUUAAUACAGAAGGUUCGCAAAUUUUCACCUGUUCCACAGAUAAAACUUUGGCCAUAUGGGAUAUAGUAACCGGCAAUCGCAUAAGACGUUUAAAGGGUCAUAAUAAUUUUGUUAAUUCUGUACAUGGUACACGACGUGGACUACAAAUGUUAUGUUCAGGUUCAGAUGAUCGUACUAUACGUAUAUGGGAUGCACGCAAAAAGCUAUCGGUACACACACUGGAGGCACCCUAUCAAGUUACGGCAGUGACCUUUAACGAUACGGCCGAACAAGUUAUAUCAGGCGGUAUUGAUAAUGAAUUAAAGGUAUGGGAUAUACGUAAACAGCAAGUGUUGCACAGUUUAAAGGGUCAUACAGAUACUAUAACCGGCAUAUCCCUAUCACCCGAUGGUUCCUACAUCUUAUCCAACUCUAUGGAUAAUACUUUACGUAUUUGGGAUAUACGUCCCUAUGUGCCCGGUGAGCGAUGUGUCAAGAUAUUCCAGGGUCAUCAACAUAAUUUUGAGAAAAAUCUUUUACGUUGCGCCUGGUCACCGGAUGGUAGUAAAAUAUCUGCCGGUUCAGCUGAUCGCUAUGUCUAUAUUUGGGAUACUACAAGUCGUAAGAUAUUGUAUAAGUUACCAGGCCAUAAUGGCAGUGUCAAUGAUGUAGAUUUUAGUGGCAAAGAACCGCUGAUUGUAUCAGGGUCUAGUGAUAAGAAUUUGUAUUUGGGAGAAAUUGAAGAUUAGAAUAAAAUAAAGGGAAAUAGAAAAAAAAA